AUAUCGUUGGUCUUGAUGCGCUUCAGGCGUUAGCCCUAGACGGAGCAGGAAUUCACAAGAACCUGAAACUGUUGAGCGUCGAUGGCCGCCGAUGUUACGUGGAUGAGUCUGACAACGAUGGUGUUGUGCAUAACAGCAUGUGUUACCUUAAUAAACCUGGACACAGAAAGAGCAUAUUCAACUUAUUGACUAAACCGAUCAAACCAGAUUCAAUGGAAGAAAACGAUCCCAUUCAUAGAAGACAAAGAGAAUCUGGCGUGCCUCAAAGUCGAAUUAAACUAGUGAGUAAACUUCAGAAAAAUAGACAAAUUGUUGUGAAUGCUGGACGUAAACGUAAUCAACACGUGAAUAAGGAAGCCGAAUCAAUGACUACAGGAAAGCCUAAAGGCCCUAAUAUUGAAAAAGAUAAUGUACAACUUAACGUGGCCACUUCCAGACCCCAUCACACACUUGGUAAAAAAGCACACUUAAAGGGCUGUCGUUGGAAAUUUGAAUGUUUAACUGCAUGGAACCUUGACACCUGCCGGCUCAAGACAUCUUGUCCCGGCAAGGAGGAAGACACACGCAGAAACAAGAAAAACCUUGAACAAGAGAAAUUACUACAGCGAGUUCGAAGAAUGAUUGGUAUCUCGUCCGUGGAUGAAGAGGUGGAAAAAAUAUUGGAAGUCCGAGCGUUACACAACCCUUUCAUAAUGAAUAUUGGACCAGGUGGCACCUCCGGCCCUGCAGAAACUUUACCUCAGUAUUUGACCAAACUAAUUAUAAUUCAAGCUACCCGGCUCAGCCCAUCAACGCGCUAA